UCCAGGGAUUGGGGGGACGGCAGAUACAUCCAGCCAAGCACAUGGCACUGUAAGCAGCCCCCUGCACUGCCUGGCUGCCUAGAGGAGGGAUCAGUGGGUACACAGCCAGCCAGCACCGGGAGAGCUCACCAAGAAUGCCAGGUUACUAGCAGGAGCCAGCCUGACAUCCCUGGACCACAAACAUGCUGUCCUAUGGAGUGCUGGACGUGUGUGUGCAGGAUGUGGAGAAGAGGAGGAACCCAUCUAAGCACUAUGUCUAUAUCAUCAAGGUAACCUGGUUGGACUCUACAACACAAGUCAUCUACAGAAGAUACAGCAAGUUCUUCGACCUUCAGAUGCAAGUUUUGGACAAGUUUCCUAUUGAAGCUGGACAGAAAGAUCCCAAGCAAAGAAUUAUACCAUUUCUCCCAGGUAAAAUUUUAUUUCGGAGGAGCCAUAUUCGAGAUGUAGCUGUGAAGAGACUUAAGCCCAUUGAUGAAUAUUGCAGGUCUCUGGUGAAGCUUCCAGCCCACAUAUCACAGUGUGAAGAAGUCCUGAGAUUUUUUGAGGCUCGUCCUGAAGAUCUGGACCCUCCUAAAGAGGAUUAUGGAGCAUUUAAGAGGAAAUCAGUUUGGAUGUCCAGCUUAUGUGAGAUCCCAAAAGCUGAGCCUAAAGGUGCUGAUAGCAACUGCGACCCCAUGAUCUUGGAGCAAUACGUUGUUGUAUCGAACUAUGAGAAACAAGAAAAUUCCGAGAUCAGUCUAAAAACUGGAGAAGUCGUCGAUGUCAUUGAAAAAAAUGAAAGCGGUUGGUGGUUUGUGAGCACAGCAGAGGAACAAGGCUGGGUACCGGCAACCUACCUUGAUUCACAGAGUGGAACCAAAGAUGAUUCUGAAAUCAAUACCUCGAAACUGGGGGAUGUAACUAAGAGACGCAAGGCCCAUCUACGGCGGCUGGACCGGCGAUGGACGCUGGGUGGCAUAGUCAACAGGCAACAAAGCCGAGAGGAGAAAUAUGUCACCAUCCAGCCCUACACCAGCCAAGGGAAGGAUGAAAUCGGAUUUGAAAAAGGUGUCACAGUUGAAGUUAUCCAGAAGAAUCUGGAGGGAUGGUGGUAUAUCAGAUAUCAAGGCAAAGAAGGCUGGGCUCCAGCAUCCUACCUGAAGAAAGCCAAGGAUGACCUCCCGUGCCGAAAGAAGAAUCUGGCAGGUCCCGUGGAAAUUAUUGGCAAUAUUAUGGAAAUCAGUAACCUGAUUAGCAAGAAGCCGAGCAGUGACAAAGAUGGCCAAGGGGGUAGCGAGAGCGAAGAACCGCAAAUCACCAAGAAAGAAAUCAGCUUGCCGAUCCUGUGCAAUGACUCCAAUGGAAAUUCCAUGAUGGGCUCUGAAACGUUACCAUCCAAAAUAACACCAGGAUCCCCAGCGGUGGCAAGAAUCGCCCCCCAAAGAUCUGAAAUAAGUUCUCCAAAUCUAAGAAUGAAGCCUCCCCCAAGGAGAGAGUCUAGUCUGGGAUUCCAAUUACCAAAACCUCCAGAGCCCCCUUCAGUUGAAGUAGAGUAUUACACUAUUGCAGAAUUCCAGUCCUGUAUAUCUGAUGGGAUAAGUUUCCGUGGAGGUCAAAAGGCUGAUGUGAUUGAAAAGAAUUCUGGUGGUUGGUGGUAUGUCCAGAUUGGAGAAAAAGAAGGCUGGGCACCCUGUUCCUACAUUGACAAAAGAAAGAAGCCCAAUUUAAACCGAAGGACAAGCACACUUACAAGGCCAAAAGUUCCUCCACCCGCUCCACCAACUAAACCGAAAGAUGCAGAGGAAGGGUCAGCUCCAGGAACGCUCUGUUCAUCUGAAUCCAAGGACUCUCCUUUAAAACAGAAAUAUGAGGAACCAGAAUAUGAUGUUCCCGCUUUUGGUUUUGAAUUGGAAACUGAACCAAAUGAUUCCUCUCAGGGUUACAUAGAUGAUGUUAUUGUUGAAAGUAUGUUUCAGCCUUCAAAGUCUUCACCUGUAUCUUCUCUUCAGAGGGCAAAGUUUAAAGUUGGCGAGUAUUCUGAAGAGGUCACUAAUGAAGAAGAGACUAUUUAUGAAAAUGAUGGAUUCCGCCCCUUUGGAAAUGAUUUUAUCUCAAGCAAAGAAUCUUGCGGUGAUUCAGAUUCACAAAAAAGCUCUUCGAUUAUUCCAAAAAACUCUCCUACUGCAGCCACUUUAAAGCCACCCCUCUUAAAGCAAAAAUCAGAAAGAAAUGUCAACCAAGAAGCUGUAAAAAGUGUCUCAUUCUCAACAAGCGAGGAGAAAAAACCAAGGUCAGUUUCAGAUGUAGGUUUAUGUACUGUACCAAAGGUUGGUCCAAAGAAAGAUACUGAUCAAAAAACAGCAGUAGUUCCUUCAACCAAAGCAAAGCCAUCUGUUAGACCAAAACCAUUUUUAAAUAAAACUGACUCUCAAGAUAAAAUGGACAUAAGCACUUUGCGGCGUCAACUGAGGCCAACAGGACAGCUGCGAAGUGGUCUUAAGGGUUCAAAAAGUGAAGACUCUGAACAUCUACCAAAGACAGCAUCUGAUGAGGCGGAUAGCAUUCCGAGAAGAAGUUCUGUGGAUCUCCCUGCUAGUUCAUCUCAUCCUGUCAUUAGUACAAAUAAUGAUGAAAGCAAUGAGCAAAAGGAUAUUUAUAUAGCCAGGAGCUCCUACCAAAAGGUACUGGAUUCAGAAAUAAGCUUCCCAACAGGAGCAAAAGUGCAAGUCCUCGAAAAGCAAGACAGUGGCUGGUGGUAUAUAAAAUACAAACAUUUAGAGGGAUGGGCACCAUCACAUUUUCUAGAAGAGGUAGACGAUACACAGUCUGAAAUCUCCACAUCUGAACCUGAUCCAAGCAUAUGUAAGAAAAAUGAAAAUAAGUCAAAUAGCCUUGAGAAGAUCGAAAAAAGGGUGCAAGCUUUAAAUACUAUUAACCAAAGCAAGAAAGCAACACCUCCUGUUCCAACCAGGCCCCCGGGAGGGUUCUCCAAACCACCAGGACCAGGAAACAAUGUUGUGAAAUUAAGAAAUGGAAUAAAGCAGGUGGCAGUCAGGCCACAGUCUGUGUUUGUUAGUGCACCACCAAAGGAUAACAAUAUUUCUUGCCACUUACGCAGGAAUGAAUCACUCUCAGCUACUGACCACCUGAGAACUGUUCGUCGAAACUCUUCCUUUAACACUGUCCGUUCUCAAACUAAUAGGUCUAAGAUAAAGUCUGGAGAAAAACCAGAAGCAGAAACUUCAGAUUUAGAAACAGUUCGGUCCCCACAAAGAAAUGGAAUACCUGUGUCCACUGUUCGACCUAAACCCAUCGAGAAGUCACAAUUUAUUCAUAAUAACCUGAAAGAUAUAUAUAUCUCCAUUGCGGACUAUGAAGGAGAUGAUGAAACUGUAGGUUUUCAAGAAGGUGUUUCUAUGGAAGUGUUGGAAAAAAAUCCAAAUGGCUGGUGGUACUGCCAUAUUCUUGAUGGAGGGAAACCAUUUAAAGGAUGGGUGCCCUCUAACUAUUUAGAGAAAAAGAAUUGAAAGUGUAUAUACAUCUAUAUGAAUAUAUAUAUAUAGAUAGAUAUAUUUAUCUGAUAAAAAGGUAAAAUAAGUAACACUAAUGUCAUUAUUUAGAUACAGAACUACUGCCAAGUCUGGAAUGCUUUGAAUUCUUUUGAUGAGGUCAUUGCUGGUAACAAGUUGCUCUUUGUAGACAAUACGUUAAAAAUUGUAAAAAGAACAUAGAACAUAAAAGAUUACAGAUUCACUGUUUAUGUUUGUUCUACACAAAACGUGUAUUUUUGUGCCUUCACUACAAAAUGUUUCUACAAAAUGUGCAGAAAUAUUUAAGGAGCUUUGUGGUAAAUUUCUCAAUUAGUACAGUUUCCCUUCAAUCCACACCUUGUUUCUUUCCAAGGUUAGGUAGGGAAGGACGUACUCUAUGCGAGUUCUCGCUCAAUUUCUAUCAAUUUAAAAAAGGAUAAUUAAACAUGUUCUUAAAUGGUUUUUUUUUGUUAAGAGGUGUUGUGUUCUUCAUAGUACACAUGUUUAUGGAUAUACUUCUUCAAAAUGUAUAGGGAGCUCGAGUUUAAAAAUACCAAAGUCCAGUUCUAGAAGACCCUACAAUGCAACGCCUUAGAAGCUUGCUUGUGAUUUUUGUUGGGGUCUACAAAGUCCUGUUUUGUCAUUUUCCUCAUUAUUUUAUAGUUU